GAUCUCGUCGCUGCUCCGGUUAAGAAGCAAGGGCUCUUCAGACAUCAUCGGCUCCACAAGUGCAUGCUUUAGAGGGUUCGCGAGACUUGAGACCAUGGGAAGCCGAUUAGGAAGGAGGGUGGUUCACUUUGCAAAUCUACCCAUCAAGCUCCUCAUGCCAUCUUCCUUCACCAACAUCACCGAAAUUGCGCUUAAGACCAUCCCUGCUGCUUCCAAAAUCGAGAUCAAGCGUGUCCUCGAAUCCCUCUACGGCUUCGAAGUCGAUAAAGUACGAACCCUAAACAUGGAGGGCAAAAAGAAGAAACGCGGUGGUUUGUUGAUUGCGAAGCCCGACUAUAAAAAGGCCUACGUAAGCCUAAGGAACCCGCUUUCCAUCUCGCCCGAGCUUUACCCGCUUCGCAUGAUCGAGGAGGAGAAGAAGCGGACCAACAAACAGUCCAGGUCCAGCGUCGUCGAGGAAGGCGAAACCAAGAGGCAUUGGCUUGAUCAUCAGAAGGAAGGUGAGAGGUUCAAGCUCGAUAAGGCUUCGAACGAUAGAAGAGGAAAUCGUGUUGAUGGUGUUGUUAAGUUUCCCUGGAGCAGCAUGAAGUCUGGUACUUUCAGUGCUAAGUAGAGUAUAGAGAGCAUUUCUUAGGCUUUUGAAAUUUGAAUGCCCAAAAUCUUGCAUUCCAAGUGCUUGUGGAAAUUUCUUUUCCACAUUUCAGCAUGGAAAACGUAUAUGAUCUUUUAGGCAUCUGAAUUUCAUGGUUUAAUCAAGUAUUGAUUAUACUGUUGCUUGACAUGGAAAAUUGUAGAAGUCUUUUUUUCAGCAUUGAAAAUCGAAAAGAACAAUACAGAACACGAACCAACAGAGUGCUACUGUAGUGUAGUCUGUAUGAUUAGUUAAUAAUCAAAGAAGAAAUAACAGUUGCGCUUGAGUAUGCUAA